AUGCACGCCGCGCUCGGCAACGUGGCGGAGGUGCCGCGGGAGCAGCUCGAAGAGCAUGUUAAGGACUGGGACAAGCAGGUGAGGGAGCACUCGCACCGUACUGAGGUUGUGGUUGACACUUUCCAGGUGCGCAUAUUGGGCUCCGAAGGCAGCACCGACCCGGACAGCUUCAACAAGAGGCUCACGAAUAAGAUGGAAAAUUCGUUCAGGAGGGCCAAGGCUCGCCAUGAGAUUGCCUACUCGAUCAAGCGCAUCAAGGACCAAAUCCAAGAUCUGGCCAACGAGAAUGGCUGGUAUAGGGACUGGUGCGAGGUUGAGGCUGAGCCUAAGCCUGAUCCUGAUCCUCGCCUGAAGGCUCUGAUCACAGAAUCGGCAAAUCUAGUUGGCAUUCACGAGAAAAGAGAAGAGCUUAUUAAGUUGCUGGUAGACGGGGACGAAGUGUCCAAGACGAAACUAAAAACAGUUUCCAUUGUUGGAUUAGGAGGGUUAGGCAAGACCACUCUUGCAAAAGCAGUGUACGACAAAAUAAAAGGAGAUUUUGAUUGCACGGCUUUUGUUUCAGUUGGCCAGAAGCCUGACGCAAAGAAGGGAAUCCAACUACACCCAGUGGAGCUGCUUCUUCGAGCUCAAUCGGACGGCAAGUUCGGUCUCGGCGACCAUGUCUACUCCAGCCUCCAGGCACGUCUCGGCUCGGUCGACGCCGACUGGCACUCCAUCGAUCAAUCGGUCGUGAACUGGCUCUACAUGACAAUGUCCAAGGACAUCUUCGGCCUUGUGGUCAAGCCGAGGGCCACCGCGCGCAAGAUCUGGGUCGACAUCGAGGGGCUCUUCCGCAACAAUCGCCUCUCACGUGCCAUCUACCUGGAAGCUAAGUACCACAACCUGCAUCAGGGCCAACUAACGGUCUCCCGAUACUGCGGCAAGCUCAAGACCCUCGCCGAUGCUCUCCGCGAUGUCAGCAAGCCUGUUAGCGAGCCCAGUCAGGUCCUCAACAUGAUGCUGGUCUCAACUCUUCCAGUGCUUACUAGGGAGCAGUUGCCGCCGUUCGUGGAGGCCUGUUCUCACCUAUUGCUACUCGAACAAACUGACGAUCACCAAGCCAAACAAGACGCCUCCACAACACUAAUCGCCGCCUAG